AACCAGAGAUAAGGCGUAGAUUGUCGAUAAGGUAGUCAAAUGCAAGUGUCAACAAAAACAUUCCAUCUGUAUAGUUUUGUGUUUUCAUUUUGUGUACUCUAUCAUUUUAAUAUUUAUUUCUUUAUUUAAUAACCCACACAGUGCGGAAAGUUUUUUGGAUAUGCUUUCGGGUUGGUACUGCCGCUCUAUGGCGAAUCAGCAAGCUGCUCAAAACGACGAAACCGAUCCCAAUGUGGACGAUGAUUCUGGUUCAGAUGAUGAUAGUCAAGAGCAACAACAAACACAGUCCGGUUUAGGUAUUGGUAGUGGUAAUGGCGGAGGAAAUAGUUCCAGCACACCCAACGCCGUGGACUAUAAGUCGCAGUAUCGGUAUCUAAAACGCAAGCUUAAGUUUCUAAUUUAUGAAAAUGAAUUCUUUCAAGAUGCUCUGCGUUCUAAUCAAAGACGGCUUUUGAAAGUGUCCCGCGAUCGAGCAUUUUUGCUAGACCGUUUAUUACAAUAUGAGAAACCCGAAAACACGUCUUCUGAAAGUGACGAGACUGAAUCGUCGGAAGAUGAAGCUACCAAGGAAGCAAAAAAGCGUAAACUUGAACAAAACACAGCGACUAAUCAAGGGGGUGGUGUUAGUACUGGUUCCACACGCGGACGCAAAAAGAAAGUGCCACAAGUUCAACCGACUGAAAAUUCUCAAACACCUAAACCGCCAUCUGUUGAUGUUGUUAAUCAACAUCAUCCCAAUACUGAUUUGGAACAAACACAGCAAAUGCAAAUGUCAGCGGCAGAAGUGGAACGACACUUACAGUCUCGCCAACAAGUCAUGGAGCUAGUACAAGAUCGUGCGCCAGCCACUGUGCCCACAGAAAUGUUCAGCAAUGAUCCCUCACUAGAUAGUGAAUCUAAUGACCAUAUGAUGGAUGGUUCUUCUCCUACUCAUGUUGCGGCUGAAGAAUGCGUACAAAUGGAAUACACGAAUUAGAAUUUUUCUCAAAAGUUCGUUCCAAUUUAUUACAUAUUUUAAAUGAAUACUUAAUAUAUUAAUUACAAUUACAUAAUAUUUUGAAUACCUUAAA